AUGGCUACUCAACAGAACAACGGUGGACAAUCUCCGCUCGCAAUCGCCCCCUCCCUCAUCGUCGGCAUAGUGAUCCUGGCCUCAUUCGCAUGCAUCAUAAUCUUCGCUAGCAUUUUUCGCUACUGCCGCCGGAGCCAGUCUAGCUUGGUAGAUCCUGAACUCGCGUCUGAUAUGGGGGGUACUGAAUUCUACAACCCCAACAAACCGCCAUCGGCGGCACAAUCUGCAAGAUUGAAGGAGGUAAGAUGGAUCAAUAACAUGUACGCGUGGGAGAGAGGGCGGCAGGCGCGGAUGGAAAUUGGAGAAAUAAGACCGACUACUAUGCUCGUGGGACGAAGAGGAGAGAAUAAGAAUUGGGAUGAAUAUUCCCUCGCAGGAGAUAAUUCGUGGCCAAACCAGAGCACGAGCAAUGGCAGUGGCAGUGGCAGUGGCAAUGCUGCAGGAGGAUACUGUCAUACUCCGCAUUUCUACGAUCUCGAUGACCCUCAUGUACGGUCUUCUUCGCAGCAACGCUUAAACCACCUCGCACCUCCCGCAGAUCAUGUCCGAAACUCUUACCAAUCUACUGCCAGCGGCAACGGUUAUCUUCCGCGACACUCAUCUGCAUUGCUCCCACCACCCGCUCAUGGUCGACGUGAAGCGCUAGGAUCGGUGACCCCAAAAAGCCCUUUGAGGAAUGAAUAUCAAAUUCACGCUGAAGAGCCAAACCCAAGAUCAGUGUUCGAGGCUAGACCGCCGUUCACGGGUAAUAUAGUAGAAGAUGAUCCCGCUCAACGCACCCAAGGCCGGAAUUCUUCUGGCGAUCCCAAAAUCACAAUUAGCGACGAGAGUCAGGACGCGGCAAAUAGGCGGUCCCCAACUCCACUGGCAUACGAUGCAAAUUUCGAAACCGUCCCCCUCGAUGGUAGUACUCAGAUUGCCACAGGCGGUAGGGGCACGGACGCGAUCCAACACAACUCUUCGAAGCUCAGCCCAGAAAUUGCGGAUCAUAGACCAUCAGUGGUUGUGGUGAAUGACGAAUCGUAUCCGCAGCUCCAACUCCCAUUUCUGUCACAGUCACAUUACCAGAACUCAGUGAGUGGGUAUGAGGGUGACGAAGUGGACCUACGUAGCGGUCCGAAUGAGCAGCCACCCAUGCAUCGCGCCGAGACAGGAAUUAAGCAGCACAAAGAAGAAGUGGAGGAGACGGAUGAGAGCACAAAUGGCCAUGACGAGAUCCCGAGGGAAAACGUCAAAGGGAUGAUUCAGGACUGGGAGAGAGUGAAUGGAAGCUUUGGAAGGAGUCACUUGGCUGCGCCAUAG